AGGAAAAAUUUAUCUAAUCAAUUAAUCACAUGAAUCCAUUAUUAUUGGGUAACAUGUAUUUCAUGAUGUGAAGUUAAAUGCAAAUAUUAGUUUUUAUUCACAAACAAAAUGGCUUCAAAAUUAGGAAUAUCGGACCAAAAAGGAUCAGAUGCAGUUUUCGACGUACGUUGUACAAUCUGCGCCGAUGAUGCCAUUAACAGAAAAGGAAUUUUUAACUGUCAGAAAUGUUCGAAACAUUUUUGUAACGAUUGUGUGAUAAUGCACAACAAGAUUCUCAAGGAUCAUUAUGUGACAGACAUUGUUGAAGGUCCAAGCAUUGAAGGUCAAAAUGUUGAAGACCAAAACAACUCUAAAGCAGCAAAAGGAAUACAUUCAUUUGAAAUGUGUGUAGAACACGGUAACGAUUGCAAGCUAGAGAUGUUCUGUGAAGAUGAUCAAAAGAUGCUGUGUAACGUCUGUCUUCGCAACGAACACAGAAACUGCCUUUCAGUUGUUCGUGACAAAAUUAUCUGACAAAAUAAAUUAUAAAUGGGAUGUUGAUUUAAGAAAAAUGAACGCUGACAUUGCAUCGAUUGGAGACCCCCUUGAUAAAAUGCAGCGCGGGAAAGAAGAGAAUGUUGCCUCUGUAAAAGCUUCAUAUGAACGAUCGCUGCAAGAAAUCUUUGACAUUCGUGCACGGUUCAACGCUGUAUUAGACAAUCUUCAAAAGAAUACAAUUAAGGAAUUAGAAAGUUUGAAAGAGACGUUGCAUGAAACUUUGCAAAAAGACAUAGAUAUUUGUAAGCAAACUAGUAAAAAAAUUAAGACCAUGAGUACUAUUAUCGAAGACAUUGGAUACUCUGUAUCGGAACGCGGAUUUAUUGCCAACAUAAAAUUCAAUGAAGAGAAGAGGUUGUCAAUGCAAAUUUUACAAGAAAUAAAAAAGAACCCCAGAGUCAAGAUUUCGCUUCAGUACAAUGUCAACUUGUCUGAUUGCAUGUCUACGUGUACAGGACUCGGGACAGCUAUAAAAACGAAUGAAGAGACUGCAGAAGAUCCGAAUAAGGCCAUCUCUAUUACGGGAAAGCAUGCAUUCAAAUUUAAUGUAAAAACAGAUUCAGAUCAAUAUGAAUGUGCUAUAACCAGUAUAAGUGAGACUUCCGACGGGCAACUCAUCAUUGCUGACUUAAACAAUGGAUGUAUUAAACUCCUCAGUCAGGCAUGCACAGUGACUUCAAUCCUUACUCUCCCUUCUUUACCGUGGUCCAUGUGCACGAUUUCAAGAAACAUGGUAGCAGUUGCUGUUUCUAAUCGCAACUCUAUAAAUCAGAUCCAACUGGUAAGAGUUGACAAUGGAACACUUAUAAACGAUACAACGUUGAGGCUUAAUCAUCCCUGUUACGGUAUCGCCCAUCAUUGUGACGACCUGUUUGUCACUUCCGGCAUUGCCCUAUACCAGUACAAAAUGGAUGGAGAGAGUGUACUCAAAUAUGAGAGUAAUAUCGGGAAUAAUGUCGAUGUUCAAUCAGUUGUAGGAGUUGCCCUUAGCCCUGAUGGAAAGAAGAUCUAUGUGACCGAUAAUAGACGCGGCCAGCUUGUCACCUUGAACAGGGAUUUCAAUGCCGAAUGCAGGCUCGAACAAAACACAUUUCAACGUCAAGAUGCAACAUGUAAUAUACAUGUAGCAGUCACAGGACAUGUUUUUGUGUUUGGUGUAAUGUCGAUAGUUCAAGUGCACACAAGUGGCAGGAACAUCUGCGCACGUUUGGAGAGAAUGGUUGCAUAGGCGUUAAAUCGGUAUAUUUCAGUCAUCGAUCAAAUAAGUUAUUGGUUGGACUGGUCGAUGCUGUCAGUAUUAUACAAUAAAAUAUUCCGUUUAUUCAUCAUGAUACAAAUAAUGAACAGUUAUUAUUGAAUCAGCAUGUACAUAUGUGUAUGUGCUUGUAUAUUAACCGUUCUUUACUACAAUGAUGAACACAAUUUUUAAUUGCUGGCAAUGUGCAAUGCUAAAGCAAACGUUUGUUUUUAAUAAUAAAUGCAUUAGCAUUGUUCCAUGGUAAGAUACUAAAUACACAUAAGUGAAACUUCAACUUCACGAUCAGGAGAGAGAAUACCAUUUAUCUACUGUGUGGUCGUUUAUUUAUGGCAAGACAUUUGAUACACCAAUGCCAGGCAGUUAGACACAAGACACACUGUACAUAGCGAACGCACAAACAUAAAUAACACUGAGAUCACCUGAUUCGAACGGUCAAUACAAAAGCGCUCGGGGAUUUACCCAGUUUUAUGAAGCUCUUAACCUCGCACUUAGCCCAGAAAUAUUCAAUUUAAUGAAAUGUUAAUACAAUAAAAAAAAUACGCACAAUUUUAUUCGACACAAACACUGAACAUGAAUCAAUCUCGGGUCAUCGCCUCGGAACUGUCUUUUCAAAAACAAAUUGUUAAAACUGAAUUAUUUGUAUUCCAUCUUAUCUAUACUCUCUGACAUUGAUAUUCUUAUACUCACAUAAACAUCAACGGUUUUAUCUUACCAAACAUUAAAAUAGGAAGAAUUACAACACAUUGUAAAAUGUGUUAUAAGAAUGUAUUAUCAAUUUCAUUUAACAUUAAAACAAAAAUAUUUAUAUUUGUAUUUUACUGCAUAAUAUAUAUCACACUGUAUACUCAUUAGGUUGCCAAUGAGCAUUUGUAUACUUACACACUUAGGUAAGGGGUUCGUAACUCAGAAUUAAGGGUUACGUAGUAAUCGGUUAAUUGGGAACGUUUUAUGUUAGUUGAUAUUGCAUUAAAUGGUUUAAAUAACCUUAACACGCAGUGUACUAAAUACAAUUUGCUUUUGUAAAUUAAUCUUAUUAGAUAAAAAAGCUGGGACAAACAUUAUUCAGUUAUCUAUAUACUCUGAUUAUAUCUAUCAUUAUAUUAUAUCGAGCAUAAUAUCUUGUUUCGAGCCAGGGUCAAUUACCUGCUAGUCAGUAAUCAAUGUAGGCUCAAAUAUGAUUAAACCCUACAAAGUUCUCUGAAUGUUAAACAUUUUUCAUAGUAUUUUCGGUAAAAAUCGGUACUAACGUCGACUCUACAUGUCCGAAAAGAGCUUUUAUUCAUGUAGAAAAUGUUUAUUUGAAUGAUUUCACAUUGAUUGUUUCACAUGUAAGGUUUUUGCAUAUGCCUAUAUGCCUCAUACGGAUAGUUGCAUAUAAUAAAUACACUCUUAAAUAUACAAUUCCUGUAGCCAACAGUAUGCAUUAAGACAUUUUCAAAACUGGCCCGAAUUCUACUAAAACAACAUAAACACACGCAGCCAUUUCUUAAACUGGUUGAGCGAUUGUCAAGCAAAUUUCCUCGAUUAAAUUGUGUGUGUUUAUGUUAUAGUCUUAGAAAGACUGUUUAUUUGUUUUAUGAUAUCCUUCAUAACCGAUAAUCGUUUGAUAUUCUAUUAUUAUAUUAUUCCUGUUUGAGUACAUGUUAUAAUUAUGUGUAUUAAUAAAAUUAUUGAAAACACACUGAUUUAUGCACAAACAGAAAUGUGUUCGUGGUUAUUUUAUUGGUCCCACGAUUUUUCGAUGUUAGUGGUUGUCUACGGAGUGAUUUUGACUGCAAUGUAUUUAUGUAUGAAUCUGAUGUGUUGCUUACAAAACGAUAUCAUCAAAGUUGUGUUAAUUCUCCAGCAAAGUAUAACACACUAACACAC